AUGCCGGUUCGAAACCAUCUGCGCAAGGAGGGACACCGAGGACAGCUAUCACCGCUGUUCCCCCGUCAUGAACUGAAGAUAUCUGGUCCUCUUCCACAUCCCUUACCCGCCGCCUAUGAGGCCGAGCCUCCUGUCACCCCGAACCUCUUGCCCAUUACUCCAAACGUCGUGGCUUUUAAUUCCUCUUUUAUGAGCUCACCCCGCCAAUCUCGCCAGCCUCCGCAAACACCAAUUCAGUCCACUCAUUCUGAGUCCUCACGCCCAGCGACAUACCAUCCACAACCGUCCCCAGGGGCACCUAUGUCUCAUACCCACCAGGAAUCUCUUUCGAGCAAUGUGUCUAAUAGCUCUACCAUGCACCGUCGACGAGGGAGCACCCUCAAAACGGUGAUGCGGAAGAUAUUUGGCCGCAAAUCACGAGACGAGCUUGAUGAUCUAAAAUCUCCGCAAGAGAUUCCCGAAAUUUAUCCUCAGUCACCGGAAGUCGCUAGCCUACGCGAUGAUGAAGAAGAUGAUGUAGCCGCACAACCUCCUGCUCGCUUUCACAGAUCCUCUUCCCUCCCAAGCCUAAGAAAUAGUCUCCAAAGAAGCCCCAAAAGCCCGGUCCGUGGCUUAGGUUCUCCUUCCCAACCAUGGUCCUCAUCGGAAUUCCUAGACGUUCGGGUACAUCGGAGACGAGCCACUCUGCCGAGUGUUGCGCUUUCUACAAAGGAUGCCCUAGAGCUAGCCUCAAAAAUUGAUGCAGCUACUACACUUGACAAGAAAAGCUCAAUCGGAAGCCUUGACGCUCUGACAUUAAAAGUUGAUAACCGCUAUAAACGUCGGUCACGAAGUGCCUGCGAUGUGCGAGAUACUGCUAAAUCGCAUCGCAUGUCCCCAAUUCAAUGGCGACGGAGAAAUGAUGAAAUCAGAUUCUGGAGAGAGAGUACCCUCAAUGACUUUGCCGAACCUCGUCCCAACACUAGACCUGCGACAUCUAUAUCAAGCCACAUUGGUCCUGACGAGAAAUUUGCGGACGCAAGUGAAGAGUCCGCUGAUUGCCCCGUCGAAGAAGACGAAUCUGAUGACUCUGAGCCAAACGAUGAAGAAGGGUUUGAUUUCAAAAAUUUGAUGGAAAGCAUGCAGACUGAGAAUGAAGUCAGUUUAGCCCAGCGAGUAGGAACUCUUGAGGUCAAACUGAUGGACUUGGAAUUUGCAAUUGCGAAACUACAAAACAGCAGUGCUGAAGCAAAUACAGUCAAGAAGAAGGCUACAGGUUCCCCAGUCCGAGGGAGGCCUAUGCAACCCAUAAAUGACUCCAGCCAGUUCAUCAACUCAUUCGUAUCCACGCCCAGCAUUACGCCACCUCAAGGAUCCCCUGCCGAAAUAGUACCGAUGCAACACAUCAGCCCGAUUACGCUGUGCAACCACUCAUUGGAAUGUAUCUCACAGUCACGGCGCCCUCCGUCACCUUAUCGUACUGAUUCGGGUUUCCAAGGUAUAUCCGUGGAACAGUACAGUGCUCUGACCACUCUCAUGCGACGAGAACAAUGCGCCAGAAAGUUACUAGAAAGCCAAAUUCUCUCUAUGCAACAGGAGAUUCGGCGCCUCCAGACUGGAGAACCAUGGAAUCCAGGGCAAGGAAAUUCAUUUUUACGAUCCUCAAGUCCCGACUCGCAGAUGCUGCCAACCCCGUACCUUCACGACUCUCCAAGACAGGCACCGACAAACCCAUGGAAACCGGCCCCUAAUAUUGAAUCAUCUCAAAAUGACAGCAGUUCAAUAAAUAGCUAUCGGCAUAACUCGGACUCAAGCCGUUAUAAUACAUACCACCGAUCUCGAAAUGACUAUUCUCUACCCCAUAACAAUCAUAUUCCGGGGAUGAUAUAG